AUGGUGGAUCAAAAAGUGUUCGACAAUGCGACUGCAGACGAUGUCGCUCUCGAGCAGCUCGGAUACCAACAAGAGCUCAAGCGAACAUUCAAUUUGGUCAGCAUGAUCGGUUUUUGCUUCUCAAUCGUUUCUAGCUGGACAGCAUUGUCUGGUGUACUCAUCAUUGGCGCUGAGAGUGGAGGACCUCCGGUCAUGAUAUGGUCAUGGGUAGGAGUUUGUGUGUUCACAAUGGCAGUUGCGCUUUCUAUGGCCGAGAUGUGCUCAGCCUAUCCUCUAGCUGGCGGUCAAUAUUCUUGGGCAGCCAUCUUGGCACCUCGCAGCUGGUCUAAAGGAUUAUCAUAUGUCUGCGGAUGGUUCAUGCUGAUCGGCAUCAUUGCUAUGGGUGCUGUCGUCAACUUUAUCGCCUCCGGCUUCAUCCUUGCAAUGGCAGUCCUCAACAAUCCAGAGUAUGAGAUAACUCGCUGGCAUUCGACUCUAGUUGCUUACGCGAUCGCCGUUGCUGCUCUAUCGCUCAACAUCUUCUGUCCGCAGAUGCUGCACAAGAUGACCAAUUUCUUCCUGAUCUGGAACAUGGGAUCCUUCCUCAUCAUUUUCAUCACCAUCCUCGCGACGAAUGACCACAAACAGACACCCAGCUUUGUCUUUUCUGAGUUUCAAAACUUUACUGGCUUCAACAAGCCAUACGCUGCCAUCUUGGGCCUGCUGCAGUCAGCCUUUGGUAUGUGCUGCUAUGAUGCGCCAGCGCAUAUGACCGAGGAGAUUAAUGACGCCAAGAAGGUUGCUCCAAAAGCAAUCGUUCUUUCCGUUUCUCUGGGUGCAAUCACCGGAUUUGCCUUUUUGAUUGCAGCUUGUUUCUGCAUGGGAUCAAUUGACAGCGUCGCCGAGAGCGCUACUGGCGACCCAAUUGUUCAGAUCUUCUACGACUCAACGCAAUCUGUUGCCGGUGCUUCGUGUUUGACCUUUUUGAUGGUUAUGAUUCAGUUCUUCUCGGCUAUCUCGCUGCUUGCAGAAGGUGGUCGUGCAGUCUACGCAUUUGCGAGAGACCGCGGUCUUCCCUUCUCAGAUACACUCAGCAAAGUACACCCAAAGAAGCAAGUGCCAAUCUACGGCAUCUUUCUUACCUUUGUAGUACAAAUAGCCUUGAACUCGAUCUACUUCGGCACAGUGACGGGCUUUAACACCGUGGUCUCGAUCGCCACAGAAGGCUUCUACGUCUCCUAUGCCAUUCCAAUCCUCCUCCGUGUCAUCGCUCCCCUCGCAGCUUCAACCGCAUCCACUAAGUUCGAAGGCCCAUGGAACCUCGGCCGCUGGAGUAUGCCCAUCAACAUCAUGGCGUUGGUGUAUCUGCUGUUUACAUCUAUCACGUUCAACUUUCCCACUCUCAAGCCCGUUGAUUCGGAAAACAUGAACUACACUUCUGCGGCUGUUGGAGUUGUCAUGGUUGUUGCCUUGAUUACUUGGUUCACGACCGCGAAAGGACAGUUCAGAUGUCCUGGUGUUGGUGAAGAGAUGGUCAUUGAUAGUGCGCCGCAUGCAGAAGUUGAAGAAGAAGCUCAAGUUGUAGGGAAUGAGAAGGCAAAGACUGCAUAUUGA